AUGCUGUGUGACAGGAUUCGACAUCGUUUGCUCUGCUUUCUGUACGCGGCCGUGCUAAACAUCGAUACUCCGUCCGACCCCGUCAAGGUUCCAUGUGACAUCACAAAUUCUGUGCUGUUAUUCAGUCGUCCCUUCCGACUUCUCGGUAGUAGCGCCAAGUUAGUCAGUCAACAACUAGCUUCUGGACAUCAGGUGGUCUGCUUUGAUACCGUUCCGUGGCGAUUUGGUAAUUUUACGAUUUUAAAGACGCUAGCAUUUACGUUUGGUAGUCUACUGAUUGAAACACAAGUAUGGCCGAACAGUGUAUCCGGUCGCGCCUUGCACAUCCGGCAAUGUCUUUUCGUCUACGAAGCGACCGUCUGGAAGGACAAGUCGUGGUGCGUCCUUCUUGUUACGACAAGCUCCGCGACCAGACUAGCACAGAACCCGUUCGAAGACGAAGACGUUGGCGACGACGAGCAGGAGGUCAUGAAACGAGGCAUCUUGAAAAUGAGAAUCGGUAAACGCAACUUCGACCAACUACCACUAGAGGAUGUUGACAGUCGGGGAGGAGACUACUACCCAAAAGUGCCACUCUAUCCAGCAAGUGAUUACUUCGUUGGCUAUCGAAAACGCGGCGGAAUCCGACGAAUGCGAAUGGGCUGA